GCGUCACUGCACUGCCGACUGUCAGUGCUGAAUGGAAAUAUUAGCGACACUAACUUAUUUCAGUCAUAGUUUGCACAAGAUGCAGUGAAUUUUCGACAGCAUUGAUAGUGUUUUUGAAUAAGAGUCUCUCGGAGACAGCUUUUGUAAUUUGAACAGAACAGAGUCUUUGCUUACUUCCGUGGCCGACUGCUGUGUCUCUCCUCGUCCCUCUCCUGUGUGGCGUCACUCACUCAAGGCUCAGUGCUCAUCGUGUGCCGGCAUCAUCAGUCCGGUCAGGAUGAGUUCCCGGCAGUGUCAGAACUGUGGUGGAGCGGACAUCGACAUUGACCAGGCCAGAGGUAGCGCUGUAUGUACGGCCUGCGGUUCUGUGUUGGAGGACAACAUUAUAGUGUCUGAGGUCCAGUUUGUGGAAAACAGUGGAGGAGGUGCCUCGGCAAUCGGCCAGUUUGUUUCUGCAGAUGGUCCUGCAAAGGCCCCAGUCCUGGGCAGCGGCUUCCAUACAAGCCUCGGUAAAGAGUCACGGGCUCAGACGCUUCAGAAUGGGAAACGGCAAAUACACAGUCUGGGGAGCCAGCUGCAACUAAACCAGCACUGCCUGGACACGGCCUUCAAUUUCUUUAAGAUGGUGGUGAGCAAGCACCUGACAAGAGGACGCAAGAUGACCCACGUCAUAGCCGCUUGCCUCUAUCUGGUCUGCCGGACGGAGGGCACACCCCACAUGCUCCUGGACCUGAGUGAUCUCUUACAGGUGAAUGUUUAUAUCCUGGGCAAAACUUUCCUGCUGUUGGCCAGAGAGCUCUGCAUCAACGCUCCUGCUGUUGAUCCAUGUCUGUAUAUUCCACGCUUUGCCCACAUGUUGGAGUUUGGAGAAAAGACCCAUGAGGUGUCCAUGACUGCUCUGAGGCUGCUGCAGAGGAUGAAGAGGGAUUGGAUGCACACAGGACGCCGGCCGUCUGGAUUGUGUGGUGCAGCUCUGUUGGUGGCGGCCCGCAUGCAUGAGUUCCGCCGCACGGUGAAGGAAGUAAUACGUGUGGUGAAGGUGUGUGAGGCCACUUUAAGGAAAAGGCUGACAGAAUUUGAGGACACACCCACCAGUCAUCUCACUAUUGAUGAGUUCAUGCGAGUGGACCUGGAAGCAGAGUGUGAUCCCCCUUCUUUUGUUGCUGGUCAGAAGAAGUUAAAGAUGCAGCAGCUGGAGAAAGAACUGGCCAAGAAGCUUGAUGAAUAUCAAGGUGAGAUCAGCUCAUAUCGGGAUGAGAUUGAGACAGAGCUGGAGAACAGCAGGCCCAAACUGAAAGGGAUUUAUGCUGCCUACACUAGAGAAGACACACAUAAUGACAGCCUGUCUUUGGCCUCUGAGCUUGCUGGAGAUGAAGAUCUGGAGGAUGAGGACAUGGAGGCUGCAGCCCAGCACCUCAACCAGGACUUCAUGCAGAUGCUUCCUGAGCUGGAGCAGGGGCCUCAGAGUGGGACAGAGGCACAAGAGCAGGGUAAAGAACCAGCCGAGCCCUCAACACACGUGCCCCUCACUGUCCUACUCGGACCCCUGCCAAGUGCUGCCAGCCUAGGCCUCACAGAUUCCAUCCGCCAUUGCAUAACAGAGGGCCAAGAAGAAGACGAGAAGUCUGAUAGCGGCGAGCUUGAUCUGGAAGGCAUUGAUGAGGACGAGAUCGAAAAGUACAUUCUUAAUGAGAAGGAGGUGCAAGCUAAGACAGAGCUGUGGAUGAAGCAGAAUGAGGAGUAUCUGAGGGAGCAGAAAGAAAAAGAGGAGAGAAUAACUAAAGAGAAGGAGCAAGGAAUAUAUAAGGAGAAACCCAAGAAGCCGUCCAAGAGGCGAGAGCCCAUUCGAGCCAGCACUGCUGGAGAGGCUAUAGAGAAAAUGCUGGAGCAGAAGAAGAUUUCAAGUAAAAUCAAUUAUGAUGUCUUGCGAGAUCUCAACAGCAAAGGCAGCAGCCCGGCUCAUCAAGCGGAGGAUGUGCCCUGUAGCGGCACCGGGCGAAAGAAGCUCACCCGUCGCAAGAAGCAACCCAACAAAAGCAAUCUCGGCCUGGCCAAGCCUGCCAGCCUCAUGGGAAAAAGGCUCCGCCCACUAAUAUCAUCCAGUCCCAAGAAGAAGAGAGCAGCUGUCCAGGUUAUGCCUAACCCAGUGAUGCUGCCUUUAGCAACCCCUGAGCCCCCUCCUGCCCCCACCACUCCUCCAGUGGUGGAAAGCGGCCCUGUUACUUAUGAGGAGCCCACUGAGGAAGAGGAGGAGGAAGAGGCAGAGGAGCCCUGUGUCAGCGCCAUGGAGCUUAUGGGAGGCAGCGAAUAUGGCUGUGAGGCUGAAGAGGAAGAAGUUUUCUAGUCUACGCUACUUUUCCUCUUCUUCAGCGAGCGAUGCUUUUCAUCAGGCCCAGAACUCUUCCUUCCUCCCCAUGGAGACAGGAGACAGGAGAACAAGGUUUAGACAUGUGUGCUAUUGUUGUUACCAUGGAAUAUUCCUGUAUCCCUACUUCUUAUGCACCAGAGGACUUGUUCAGCUUCUGCAGCAUCUGGCAGAGUAGAGGGAGAUUUUGGGGUUGAACGCAACAUGUGAGCAAGACAUGACUUUAAAUUGUGUUUUGGACCAUUAGCCUCACAUUAAUCCAGCAGCUGCACAUUGCUGUAGUCACUUUCGGAAGGGAUGUUUAUCAGACCAUGCCCGUGCCUAAGAGGAAACCUAAUAAGCCGUUAAGCAUCCUGUUAUGUCAGUGAUAGAGCUGGAGACUAAGCUGAAGCAGACGUGCAUUCAUUAAUGAAGUAUACACCUCUGUCUCUCUCAGGGAGAUGGAGUUUGUUAUCUCUGUGGAUGAUUUUUACUGCAUCCAUAUUUGUUUUUAAGGUCAUUCACUUUCUAUUUAUCAGUUGACAAUACAGAAGUUUCUGAUGCUCUCUUUUACUGACCGGCAGCUGUGAUGUGAUAACUUGUUGGGAUGUCGAGGUAAAUUUGAGAACAGAGAAAUAUCUUUUUCUCCCUUUAGUUAAUUACAGUUAGCCUAGCUGCGCUACUGCAGAAAUCUCAGUCACUUCUUUGGCAUGUUAAGAUAUUCAUGUUUCAUAGUAACAAAGAUAUAGUACAGUAGUAAGAACAAAGCGAAAAUUUUGUUAGGUAUACCUACCUUGUACCUAAACUCAUUGACCAUUUUAUGUGGUACAUCUUCUAAUCACUGACUAAAAUAUCCAGUAGGUUGUUAGGCUGAACACUGAGAUGUAACUUUGCAGCUGUGUUUUUACUAUUUUGCACAAUACAAAUACUUUAGAUUUUACCAUACAGUAGUUUCUGGUGUUCUCUGUUAAAGAAGCCAGCAGUUGUUCCAGAAGCACUGAGAGUUUGCUAAUAGGUGACAAAUAUUUUGACCAAAAAUGUGAAUAGUUGUACUUUUUUGUGCUGUGUUUGUGUAGAUUCUUUUUAAAUGUUACUUUAGGUUUUUAAACCAUAGAAUAUUCUCAUAUGCAUUUGUGUAUAAAUGUAAAUAUGUGUUGUUACAUAGCCUUUUCAUAUUUCACUUGCUUCAUUUUGUUGAAAGUAUACUAUUUUUACUGAUAUACACUGAUACAGUGUAAGAUUUCAUUCUGAUUGUGUUUUAUAUGUCUGUUCAUUAUUUUUAAACAUUUUCUCCACAUCAAUGUUAAAUUUCAGUGAAAUUUAACAGACUCUGUAAUGAACAGCUGGUAUCCUGAGUACAUUCCUGUGUAAUUAAAAUGACUCAAGAAAAAGUCCUAAUUGGUAAA